CGACGCGGUUUUGGACCUCUGCAAGCGAUGCACCGCCGUCUCGCCACCGCGGCCGCCGCGCCGGCCCUCCGGCGGCUCUCGCACCACAGCGCGCCUCCCCGGCCUGACCCGAAGCUCGCCUUCUUCCGCUCCGAGGUCGACGACCUUUCCCUCUCGUCAUCCCAUAAACCACCAUCAAAAUCUCCACUUAGCGACCAAUGCCAAGUGACAGAAAAGCCAAGAAGCGGUCUUGCUCACACCGGAGGCGCACCGGCCGCCGUGGACAUAGCGCAUCAGUGGCCGGAGUGGGUCGCGCUGAUGGAGCUCCUCCUACGGCGGGGCCACGUCGAUCCCUCUGCCUUCACCGCCAGCUCGCCGUCUUCUAAGGAUGCCAACGCUGUCCGCACUGCCUGCCUCCGGUUUGGGCGCGAGCGGCCUGAGCUCAUCAGGCAUAUAUCAAGAUGGGAUAUUCAAGUCGCCUUGCGAUGUGGUUGCCCCAGCAUUGACAGGAAGGUUGUAAAUUCUGGGAAGCGAUUGCGGGCUUAUGUAGGCCUUGAUGAAGGAGAGGUUUGCAGUCAAUGCAAUUUAAGAGGAAGUUGCGAGAGGGCAUAUGUAAAGGCUCGGAAAGAAGAAGUUGGAAGGACUGUGGAUGUUAUGCGCAUCCUUUUGACUUAUGGUCUUGAUGUUAUUACUGACAAUGUAGAGAACAGAGCAUGCCUGAACAAAACUGUCAAGGAAUCAAUAAAGAGCCUACUAAACGAUGUUGUCGAGGUCGAUUCUAGGGGAUCUGGUUCCAGCACCACUAAAUCUGCACAGCACAAAGGUCAAUCAGCUUUACCCAGGAAGCAGGGUGAUUGGAAUUGUCCCAAAUGUGAUUUCCUGAACUUUGCAAAGAAUAUCAAAUGUCUGCGCUGUGAUGGAGAAUUCCAAGAGAGGUAUCAGUUGCUACAUGAAGACCAAGAGCAUCUACCUCUCAAAAAGGGUGACUGGAUAUGCAAAAAGUGCAAUUUUUUGAAUUUCGCAAAGAAUACAAGAUGCUUGCAAUGCCACGAGAAACCAACAAACCGUUUGCUCAAUCCAGGAGAAUGGGAAUGUGUCUCGUGUAACUAUGUGAACUUCAAGAGGAACGCAUUCUGCUUGAAAUGUUGUUGGAAAAGACCAAAAUCUCUGAACAAUCAAGAUAGUAUCGAAUCACGUCAUGAUUUAGAGCAUAGUAGGAAUCCCUCUAUUUCAUUUGUUCAAGAUGGCGUCCAAUUGAAGAAGUGGCAAAUUCCACAGAAGAAUGCUCCACUAUCUGAUGAAGAUUCAGAUUUCUGGAGCGCAGACGAUGAAGGUGAUGAUAGCAGGGCUAACGAUAUGCUCCCGCUACAGGACUACAAAUUCCUUGAGAGUUUUCCCAUUGCUGGUGGCAAGACUGCUUCUUCCCAAGAUCCUCUUGCUAGGGAGAAAUGGAAGGAUGAAAUGUCCAGGAGAAACAAAGGCCUACCAACAAAGGAAUCAAAAGAAUGCAGUCGACCUUUUAGUCCCGUGCGUCUUCCUAGAAGCAUGGAGCUGGUUGACUCUGAUGAUGAUAUCGCCUCAUGGUUUUCGGGUGGAGCUAAUAAUAAAAAUCCAGAGAAGGCAGUUGGAGCAAACUGUCCUAAACUACUCGACUACUCCACUUAUUCUUCGCUUGUCUCUCUCUCUCUUGUGUGCCGCGCCCCCCUUGCUAGUUGUAUUCCUUUUCCUUUCUGGAGCAGUUCCCUUUCCUUUCUGGAGCUGCUCUGUGCUCUCACUUCUUCGUCUUCCUCUCUUCCACCCUUGGAAUUGGAAGCGACCUCACGCGGGGCUUCGAAUAUUCCUUGUCUUCUCGGCUCGGUUUGGCACCAUCACCGCCCUUCGGCUCCAGUACGCGUCCUCCUCUCCUCCCAUCUCAAGAAAUCGCCGUUGCAGCAAGCGAAGCUGGAGGAAGCAGAGGGGCUCGCGAUGGGGUCCGAGGGACCGUCGGCUCCGGUCGUCGUUCCCAGAAACUUCAGGCUGCUAGAAGAACUAGAACGUGGUGAGAAGGGCAUUGGUGAUGGAACAGUGAGCUACGGGAUGGAUGAUGCUGAUGACAUUUAUAUGCGGUCCUGGACAGGAACUAUCAUUGGCCCUCCCAACACUGUUCACGAGGGACGAAUCUAUCAAUUGAAGCUUUUCUGUGAUACAGAUUAUCCAGAUAAACCACCAACUGUUCGAUUUCAGACUCGAAUCAAUAUGACAUGUGUGAACAAAGAAACUGGAUUGGUUGAACCAAGUCUAUUUCCUAUGCUUGGAAACUGGCAAAGGGAACAUACAAUGGAGGACAUCCUAACCAGCUUAAAAAGGGAGAUGUCAACUUCUCAGAAUCGCAGGCUGCACCAGCCUCAAGAAGGUAAUGAAGACCAAAGAGUAGAGCAGAAAGGGCUGUCUCAUAGAUGUGUCAUCAUGUAAGAGAUAUGUACAGCAUUGAGUUGAGUAGCAUGACUGCAUGAGAUGCAGAAGUGAGGAACCUUCCCAGGAGAUCCUGUAAUUCAUACAAACUGCGCAACAAGAGUUGCAAUAAAGUAUCGAGGACUCUGUUAAUUUGCCUGCGCACCAUGUAACAUGUUACCCCAUUCAGGUUCAGUGAAAGAGAAUGAGCUUCACAUCGCUUGUUCUGCCUGUUUGUAAACACUCUGUAGUCUGUACCGUCGGGUUACCUGUCUAGGCCUGUUGUUUUCUACAGGAACAUCGUAUUGAUAUCUCAGCCUGGUUGGCUGUUAUUGCUCUUUCUACCCUA